GAUCGUCCAAGUGCUAACAUCCGAUGAAAAUCGAGUCUUGAAGAAAGAACUCUGAAUUUACUAGAUGAAGAAUUUGGAACUUCGUGCAAGAACUCGGCAGAGUGUCAACUGGUGUAUGGCUUACUGAGGAUUCUGCUACAACCCUCUAUAGAGUAAGGAUACUGUAAUUCAAGCAAGUAUUGAUUUAAGGAUUUUUGUAGAAGCGUCUGACAAAAUUUGGCCACUUGACAAUUAAUCGAUGUCUAAGUUAACUGUAGAUGUUCUUACUAGACCUGAUGGAUAUGAUAUUAUUAUGAAAACGAUAAGAAGAUUUUUAAAUGGAAGUAUAUUUAUAUUUAUAAAGCAUCAAAUACAGCCGAAAUGGAUAGAUGACAUUUAGUGAUAUAUUGAUACAUAUAGCUAUCAUGUUUCAUGUAAAAUAGUAACAUAUUUCCAAUUCCAACAAUGUGUAUAAAAUCUAUAUUCUAAAUAUAAAAACGGAUAACAUUUAUAGACUAAUCAUAUAAUCUGAAAAUGUCAAUUCUCCAAAGAACUAAGCGACGCUUCUUAUUUGUAUGCUUAGUUGCAAGUGCUUUAAUGCUAACAUUUUCCUGGCAUCUCUUAUGGCAGUCAUACAAUCCAGCCAUCAUUAAACGAAAUAAAGUUGUGAAUGUGGAGAGCAGUGUACCAAUGGGAUCAGUAUUUCACACCAACGUAAGUGAGAUUUCCACUGACAAUACAUAUAAUUCACACAAUAAUAAUGAGUUCAUCAAUAAGAAAAAAAUCCAGUCUACCAUUAUAAGUGUUAGUCAGGAAAACGUUAACAGCAUUUCUCAAUUACCAACAGACCAACUACAUACAUUAACAAAUUUGAGUACCAUAUUAUCAAAGAAUUUAAAAGAAACAUUGACAAGGGCACAUAAUAUAAUGGAAAAACUCAAGACUGGUCUCUCAUUAAAUAUGAAUGAUCUAGAAUUUCUGGGGAAUUUGAAGAAACAGCUGAAUAAAAUACCCCUUAAUAGCUCAAGUAAAAUGACAUCUGCUCCCCAUUCUUUACCAAAUAAUUGGCAGAAGUACAACUAUCUGACUAAAAACAUCAAUAAAACCUUAGAUUCUACACAUAAAAUCCUCCAGAAUAUAACCGCAGCAGCUCCACAAGACUUUAAAAAUUUAGAAAUAGACAAACAUUCCUUAUCUAAUCAUAUAAAAUCUAGUUUUCAACAAGAUAAUCAUUAUGUAAACAGGAUUAAUCCUGAUUCGUCCAGAAAUGCAACCAAAAAUAUACGACAGCUUAGUGAUAUAAGCAUGGAGGAUCUUCAAGAUACUUGGAAUAAAAUGAAGAACAAUCGUCCAUAUGAAAAAGAAAAUAAUAAAUUUAAUCAAGCAGUGUUUUUACCCGAUAGUGAUUCAGAUACAGGCGAGACAAGCUCAGAUCGACCAGAUUUUUGUAGGUCGUGUUUCAGUUACGAGUUUCCUAUCAUUAUCAAUCAACCACGACUAUGCAAAACAGAUGAAACAAUCCGUCUGCUUAUGUUCAUAUCGUCUGCUCCAAAUAAACGUGAGGCCCGUGUGGUCCUUCGUAAAACAUGGGCAGCCAAAUGUAGAGAACGAGAUAGUAACAUGAAAUGUUUAUUUGUGAUCGGACGGUCUGAAGUUGACACGGACAACCAAAAUAUUAUAACAGAAAACAAAACAUAUGGUGAUAUACUUCAGAUAGAUUUUAAGGAUUCUUAUGGUAAUUUAACUUACAAAACAAUAACCAGUUUUCGUUGGGCGGCCAAAUUUUGUAGCAAGGCCAAAUAUGUGAUGAAAACAGAUGACGAUAUGUAUGUAAAUACCGAACUUAUUCCAACUAUGUUAGAAGUUGCACCAACUAAACAUUUUGCAGGAGGAUUCUGCUGGGGUUCCAGCAGUCCAAAUCGUGACUUAUCAUCAAAGUGGUUUGUUUCUUUUAAAAUGUACAGAAAACAAAGAUUUCCUCCAAUGUGUUCUGGAACGGGAUAUAUAUUGGGAAUGGAUGUAGUUCGUAAAAUUUUAGCAGCAUCUCACAAUAUCCCAUUUUUCCAUUUAGAAGAUGUCUAUGUAUCCUUGUGUUUGCAAAGAUAUGGAAUAAUGCCCUUAAAUAUUUUAGGUUUUAAUAAUAUGUAUACAGAAUUUGAAGCAUGUCGUUAUAGGAACUCAGUCAUGACAUCACAUGAAUUUCCUACAAAAAUGUUGGAAGAUUUCUGGCCUGUGAUUCAAGCGUGUCCUGCUAAAUCUGUGUCUCCUACAGACUUGUAUAUUGUUAUUCCAUAUCCUAUAACUGACUGAAAUUUUGUUAAUAGUGUCUUUUAUGGAUUUCAUUUGCUACAUGACCAUUAAAUGUUUUAAACAUAUCAUGAUAUAUUAUCAAAA